CCACGGACGGACGGAUGAGCGAGGGCCGAGGGCCACUCAUCAUUGUCCCACCCGCGUCUCCCCUCCCGACUCCGAGUUCGCUAUCCCGGACUUCCCCCUUCGACAUGGCAGUGGCCGCACGGUCGCCUUUGGUCUGCGCCGUCCGGUCGAGCUCGGCGGGGGAGCACGAGAAGAGGAUGGAGGAGCGGGGAGUUAUGAGGCAGGUGCUCCGGGUGGGCCGGCGUGACCGGGAGUUCCUGAACCGGCGCUUCCAGUUCGUCUCCAAGGCGCUGGGCGAUCUCUUCUGGCUCCGGAACCUGGAAGAUCCCCGGGCUCUUCAUGCCUCUCGCCCUCCUGCCCAUUGGUCCAAGAUUUCUCAUCCCCCAGGACUAUGGGGUGUGGACUUGAUGAUGGCUGAUCUAGAAGCUUUAAAGGUGUAUGCUGAUUACAUACAACUUGCUUCCGGACUUUGGUCUGUGCCUUUACCCGAUCUAUAUGAUCCACAGAAGGUAUCAGACUACUUCAACUGCCGGCCUCAUGUCCUUGCAUUCCGAAUUAUCGAGGUAAUCUCUUCAUUUGCCUUUGCUGCCAUAAAAAUGCAAAUGUCGAGAAGUUUCAACUUGAGAAGGCAUGAUGUGAGCAGGGAUGACAGCUUAUACACUUCACAGUACUAUAUUGGGCUGCUUCUGAAAGAAUCAUUUCUGAAUCUUGGACCAACUUUUGUCAAAGUUGGGCAGUCCCUAUCUACGAGACCAGACAUAAUCGGUUCAGAAAUUUCUAAGGUACUUUCUGAGUUGCAUGACAAAAUUCCUCCUUUUCCAAGGGAAGCUGCAAUGAAGAUUAUCGAGGAAGAACUUGGAUGCCCUGUAGAUAGCAUCUUUAGUAAUAUUUCUGAUGAGCCUGUGGCUGCUGCUUCAUUUGGUCAGGUCUACCGAGGAUGUACACUUGAUGGCAGUGUUGUGGCUGUAAAAGUCCAGCGACCAGACUUGCUUCAUGUGAUGAUGCGAGAUAUCUACAUUUUACGUCUUGGGGUUAAUAAAGGAGUGGAAGCUACACUAGUUCAACUUUUUGAUACAGGCCUAUUACAUGCGGAUCCACAUCCUGGGAACUUGCGUUAUACACCUGAAGGAUGUAUUGGGUUUCUUGAUUUUGGUUUGCUUUGUCGGAUGGAGAAGAAACAUCAGCUUGCUAUGCUUGCUUCCAUAAUGCACAUAGUAAAUGGAGACUGGGGUGCGCUUGUUUAUGAUCUGACCGAGAUGGAUAUUGCUAGGCCAGGAACCAAUCUACGUCGUGUGAAAAUGGAUUUGGAAGAGGCUUUGGAUGAGGUUGUCUUCAAUGAUGGAAUACCUGACAUCAAGUUUAGUAGGGUUCUAGGUAAAAUUUGGUCCAUAGCACUUAAGUAUCAAUUCCGUAUGCCACCGUAUUAUACACUGGUCUUGCGCUCUCUAGCUUCCCUGGAAGGAUUGGCUCUGGCUGCAGACCAGAAUUUUAAGACAUUUCAAGCUGCAUACCCUUAUGUUGUCCAGAAACUUCUUUAUGACAAUUCAGCUUCUACAAGGAGGAUCUUAUACUCGGUUGUCUUCAACAAAAGGAGGGAAUUUCAGUGGAAAAAAAUUUUGCUGUUUCUGAGAGUAGGUUCAAUAAGAAAUGGUACAAAUGUGCAUAACAUAUUAGUCACCUGCAAAUCCUCCGCAUACAGUCAAAAUGUACAGGAUGGGGUCUUUGAAGUUGCAAAUCUAAUCUUGCAGCUCUUACCAUCAAAGGAUGGUACCGUGCUAAGAAGACUUCUGAUGACUGCGGAUGCAACAUCUUUAACUGGAGCUAUGGUUUCUAAAGAUGCAACCUUCUUCCGUCGACACCUCAGUUGGGCUCUUGCUGAUAUAAUCUGCCACUGGAUGAUUAAGGCUAUUGGAUGGAAUGAAGCAAUAGGCCGGCAUGAUCAUCAAGCCAUUGUAGUGAAAGGACAGCGAGGGAGGGAAAUGGACCUGCCUCCUGCACCUUCUCCACCUGUCUUGCAGAAAGUCCUCAGUGACCGCCGUAUGAAAGUAAUACUUUACAAGGUACUGCACGAUGUAAGAGGAGAACCCAUAUUGAUGCUCCGGUUGUGUUGGAGUUCCUUCACAAUCUUUGUGACUGCCGCAGCACUUGCAUUGCAUCGCUUUGUUGUCCACGGCUUAUGGGCACUCUUUACCUCUGUAUCAUUUGUACCGAGACAUGUUGCUGUCAUGUAGUAAGCUAUUGGGAAAAUAGAGGAAAUCCGACUCUCAAUGAUUACAAAAAUGAAUGAUUUGUUGCUGUGCA